AUGGCCUUUAGAAGUCUCGUAUAUGCAGCUUUGCUACUACCAAAUGCGCUGGGAACGUUGGUGAACCCUCUUGUUCUCCAACCAGCAGCGCCACAGGCGGUCGAAUGGGACCCCUUGCCAAAGCAAGUGCCCGAGAUCGAAUUGAGCAGCCUAUCUUCGACAGAUUUUUCUAUUUUUACGCAUCCACUAUACCCUCAACAUCAAGAUUCAUUGACAUUGAACAAGGACGCAAGCAUCUUUUCUUCUACUUCUUCGAGUCGAGGAGAAAGCCUGAGGAAGAUGAUGUUGUAUUGUGGAUUAAUGGUGGACCAGGCGGUCCAUGCUGGAUCGACCCAAGAAGCUCAAACG